AUGUAUGAGGCACAGAUUAUAUUCACGCUAGAUACAGUGUGUCCCUGGACAUAUAUAGCCAAGAAAAAGCUGGAUCAAGCCCUCACCAAAUUCCGCUCUUCUCCCUCAUCAUCCUCCAUCACUUACACCCUGCAUUUUGAACCCUACCAGCUCAGUCCAAGCUUCCCACCCGGUUCAGUCGACAGAAAAGAAUGGUACUUUGAGCACAAGCAUAAAGGCAUGGUCGAAGCGGAAGACGCCUUUCAGUCGCAGCUACGCAGACGCGCCGAGCCCGUGGGCAUUAAUUUCAGAUUCGACGGCGCCAUGGGAAACACGCUCCAUGCACACCGCGUGAUCCAGUAUUUUCAACAAGUCAAGGGCUCUGAGAUGUCCAACAAGCUGAUUGAUGCUCUUUAUAUGAGAAAUUUUGAGCAAGGACUGCAUCCUUCAGAAGAUGAGACCUUGAUAGCGUCCUGCAUAGAGGCGGGCAUUUCGGCAGAGGAAGCAAAGAAGGUGGUAUUGGAUAAGGACUUGGGUCUGGCUGAGGUGCAGACCAAGUUGAAUGAGGUUAGGAGGGAUAUAGAUGCGGUGCCGGUGAUUGCGAUUGAAGGGAAGAAGAGGGAUAUUACGCUGACGGGAUCAAAGGAAAUUGAGGAGUAUCUGAAGGCGUUGGAGAGGAUUGCUAAAGAGAGCACUUGA